UCUAGUCUGUGCGUUAUGCCGAACGCUUAUCACUUAUGUUAAAUCUUAGUAGACUUUUAACAUUUCAUUAUUAAUUAAUAAUUAGUUUGAAUAUAAAACGUACACGUGCUUUUUUAUUAUGGCUUCAGGACUGGAAAAUUAUAUAAACCAAACAGUGUCAGUAAUAACCGCCGAUGGACGAAAUUUUAUCGGCACGCUCAAAGGUUUUGACCAAACUAUAAAUAUAAUUCUGGAUGAAUCUCACGAAAGAGUAUUUUCCUCAUCAUCUGGUAUCGCACAAGUUGUUCUUGGAUUACAUAUAAUACGAGGAGACAAUAUUGCUAUAGUGGGCCAAAUCGACGAAUCUAUAGAUAGUAGAUUAGAUCUAGGUAAUAUUAAAGCAGAACCAUUAGGACCUAUUGUACAUUAAAGAACUAUUAUACGUGUCAUUAAUAAGAAUAAUAAUAAACUUUGUUAUAAAUUUUA